CUCCGUAAGUAUACUUACAUACAUACAAUAUUAAUACACAACCACCCCUCUCUCCGCCUUUUGGCUUUUUUUAUCUUUUGCUUCCCCCCUCUUCUUCUUCUUCCUCUUACCUUUGACCUUUGGAUCUCGCCUUUCUUUCUGAUCACCUUACUCCUCCUCGCCAUAUCAUCCUCCUCCCACCUCUGAGCAGGAACGUCCUGGUGCUCAAGCGUAUCAGUACCCUCCGCCGCCCUCGUAUCCGCCACCUCCCAACAUGGCCGCCAUCCAUCCCCAGAUGCAGGGCCCCCAAGAUCCAUAUCGUCUGCCUCCCCCGCCGGGCGCAUAUCAACGGCCUCCCGAUAUGUACGCCCAGCCUCCACCGCCACCCCAGCUGGUCUACCAAGCCGCUGCCCCGAGACAACGAACUGCGAUCGCGUGUCGAUACUGUAGGAGAAGGAAGAUCCGUUGCUCGGGAUUCGAAAGCUCGCAGGAUGGACGCUGUAGCAACUGCAUUCGUUUCAACCAGGAGUGCAUGUUCACUCCGGUCUCGUCGCAAGCCCAAGCCUUCGUACCUGCCCACGCUGCCUACCCACACCUGCGAAAUCAAACCCAGAGAGGGGCUGGUCGAGGAUACCCGGGAGAUGGAGUGAUGCUCUACGGAGCCCACGGGCAGCCGCUUCCACCACAGCAGCAACCUCAGCCCGAUACCACACUGCCUCCUCCGCAGGGACUAUAUCAGCAGCCGUAUGGUCGUCCGCCACACCUGGAUGACCGCUCCGCGCCGCCCCCCCUCACGCAUGCUCUGCCGCAAGAUCAGAGACCGCCAAUCGGCCGUCGCAGCUCUGGCUCUGGCUUCGAGUAUCCCGAUCCUACGAAUCUCGCGCCUGUGUCUCCGGCCGUGUCGACGCCGGGCUACCAGUCCAGCCCGUACUAUCCAGCACCACCCCAUGAUCGCAGGGCCUCUCCUCAGUCAGCAUAUGCCUAUGAUAGCCGCCACUCUGCUUCACCCCAUAGCUCUCCUUAUCCGCCCAUACAUCCUGGUGCUCACCCGAUCGCUCCUCCAACAGAAUCCAACAUGACCCCGCCUCCGAGCUCGACUCCCGGUGGAUCUGCCAGCUCAAGAGGGGGUCUCAACGUACGUGAUAUGUUGAAUCCUGGUGACCAGAGUCAAGGCGGUCGUUCGAGCACCGAUAGUGAUAUGCUCAACGCUCUGAACCGCCGCGGCUUGAACCAGUAAACUCACCAUCUGCCAAUAUCCUGAGCCUGUGCGAAAAGACCAAAGAAACCGGAGAAAUAGGGACGGCUUGGGACUUGGUGGAAUCAUUAGCGGUGGAGAAGUUGAUUUGGGGACCCGAUACCCGCCAUAGAGGGAUUACAGAUGUGAAUCUCGUUCUUUGGUCCUCGCUAUCAGCCUGGGGGCUGUCACUGUGCUGGUCACAAGAUGUCUCAGGAGUUGGCGAGAUUGCCAUUAUUGCGUGAGGUAGCAACAAUAAGCGCCAAAGCGGGGGAAAUCAGCGACGAAAUCACAUGAUUUACA